GUGUAAAAGUACUAAGUAUGAUAAGGAUUUACCUUCAACAUCUGUGGUAAUUAUAUUUACAAAUGAAAUAUGGUCUGCACUUUUGAGGACGAUUUAUAGUGUGUUGAAUCGAACACCUAAUCACCUUUUAAAAGAAAUUAUUUUAGUUGAUGAUGCCAGUGAUAGAGAGGAGUUAAAAGAAAAAUUGCAGCUAUAUAUAGAAAAACAUUUUCCAAAAGAAAAGGUAAAAUUGAUUCGAAUGCCUGACAGACAAGGAUUAAUUAGGGCAAGAUUAGCAGGAGCACACUUAGCUACUGGUGAUGUACUUGUCUUUCUUGAUUCCCAUUGUGAAGCAAAUGAGAAAUGGCUAGAACCACUUCUUCAGAGAAUUAAAGAAGACAGAAAAGCUGUGCUUUGUCCUAUCAUUGAUGUUAUUGAUGAUAAAACAUUAGAAUAUUAUAGCAGCAAUGGAGAUUAUUUCCAAAUUGGUGGUUUUAAUUGGAAUGGCCAUUUUACAUGGAUUGAAAUACCAGAAUGGGAAGAAGAUAGAAAAGGAAGUGCUAUUGCUCCAACACGGACACCCACGAUGGCAGGGGGACUAUUUGCAAUUGAUAGAAGGUAUUUUUGGGAAAUUGGUAGUUAUGAUUCUGGAAUGGAUAUUUGGGGUGGUGAAAACUUGGAAAUGUCUUUCAGGGUAUGGAUGUGUGGUGGAACAUUAGAAAUAGUUCCUUGUUCUCAUGUUGGUCAUAUCUUUCGAAAUUUCCAUCCAUAUAAAUUCCCAGGCAAUAAAGAUACUCAUGGAAUUAAUACAGUUCGAACUGUUGAAGUUUGGAUGGAUCAGUAUAAAGAAUAUUUUUAUAUGCAUAGACCAGAUUUAAAGGAAAUUGAUUAUGGUGAUAUUGCAGAGAGACAAUUUUUACGUCAGCGAUUAAAAUGCAAAAGUUUCCAGUGGUAUCUUGAAAAUAUAUAUCCACAGAAAUUUAUUGUUGAUCAGAAUGUCAUUGGUUUUGGAACUGUUAGAAAUCCAGUUACAAACUUGUGCCUUGAUACCUUAAAUCGAGAUGAGGAUUAUCCUCAUGCUGUGGGUCUGUUUAUGUGUAAAAGUCAGAAAGGAGUUGUAAUGAAUCAGCUUUUUUCACUUUCAAAUAAUUUUGAAUUAAGAAGAGAGGAGAAUUGUGCUGAAGUCAAUUAUCAGCCACAGAAAAGACAGAUGAAAGUCAUGAUGAUUAAGUGUCAUGGAAGACGAGAAAAUCAGGAAUGGCAACACACAAAGGGUGGUGCAUUAGUACAUGUUGCAACAGGCAAAUGCUUGGAUGUCACAGGUAGCAGAGCUGGAAAGGAUGUUCAUGUUGCUCCCUGCCAUGGUGGUCAUUCACAGAUAUGGUGGUUUGAGAAAUAUACAGAUAUAAAUCCACAGAUCAGUUUCAAAAUUGAACAAUAGAAAAUUUAGUUUUUAUUUAUUUAUUACACAAAAUUGAUUGAACUACUGUGAAAUUAUUUCAUGAAAAGAAUUUAUCAUAAACAAAAAAAAAAUCAAAUUUAUUUUAAUCUUGUUGUGUUUCUAAGAAAGUUUUUACCCUUAAGAAGAAAAUAUGUUUGCUAUUUUAUAUUUAGAAUAAUUUAUAAGUAAUGAAAGUAUAACUAUAUACAAAUGUAUUUAUUUUCUUUUAAAGAGAUCUGUGAUUAAUACUAAAAUUAUCAAUUUAUAAACUGAACAAUCAAACUGACAGUAUUCCUCCGUGCCUUAACAUUUUUCUAAAUUUACUUAAAUUAUAUUGAUUUCAUUAAUGUUGUUUAAUUUAAUGUAAUAUAAGAAAUGAAAUGCAAUGAUGCAAUGGAAUCUUCAUUUUUAA